AUGUUCGGCCUCAAGAUUCUGUGUCGAGGCUCGCCCAAAGCACCAAGCUUCUCUGGGCGCCCCAAGGACCUUCGAAGCUAUUUUGAUGACAUAAUUGACUUCUGUGAUGGGUUCGGCCUCUCGGACGGGCUCGUGUGCAUCAAAUUCGCGCUCAAAUAUGCGCCUUUUGAGUCAGCUGACCUCUGGUCCCACUUCGUCAGUAGUAGCAAAGGAGAUUGGGCUCGUUUUACCUCGGAAGUCACUCAGCAGCACCCAGAAUUGGACGAAACAAGUCGAAGUCAUGCCACCGAGCUUGCCGGCCUAAAGGUUGGAUUUGCGAGUUCAGAUGUUGUCUCAAUGUCAUCCCUAGGGCAAUAUUAUCACAAUUUCUGUCGAAUUUCGUUAUCUCUCGAGAACCUACUGGGUCCAUUGCCCCACCUAGCCAGUAUGUUCAAGUAUGGGUUCCCUCCAGAGUUCAGGCGAGAGGUGCUCGGACACCACAAUGCAUCAGAGUAUUCUGUGCUCAGUCUAAUGUCUACAGCUAAGGAGGUCCUGAGGUCGAGCGGCGGCCUCUGGAAGAGCAGCAAGGUCGACAGUUCAUGCACGCAGCCACCACAUGCCUCAGACAAUCAUUCCCCCCGUCGUUCAUAUUUGUUCUGCUUCUUCUGUGGACUUUCAGGCCAUAUUCAGGCAGGUUGCCAUUCGUUCAAGUCAUAUUUAGCUUCGGGAAAGUGUCUACUCGUAAACGGCUGCAUUUUUCUACCUACUGGACUGGAAAUCCCGCAUGAAGUUGCUGGACGAACUCUGCGAGACCGUCUCGACAGCUGGUCUUCGUUGACAAGCGAGUUCGAGGCUCGUACGGGCCCAUCGCCUGCUCGCUCGCUUUCACCCACAGCCCCACCCUCUCGAAGCGUGUUCGACACACCAUCGCGCAUACCCGCUCAGACGAGCAUUGUGUCUACUCGGUCCCUACCUACUGUCCAGCUCGAGCCAGCAGUACCAGACCCACCAGCCGUUCCGUCUCGUCGCUCCCACAGUCGAGGUGGCCAUGUGGCCGAGGCUGAUUGCCCUCGCAUCCUCGUUCACGCUCGCGCUCGCAGACUCGAAUGGCUCACCCCCUUCUUCCUCGUCAUCGUUGUCCUCACGCUCGCGCUCUCGUUCACGUUCGAGGAAGGCGGAUUCAUACAUCCAUUCCAAGCCGAAGCGGUCGCACAGCCGCAGUCACAUGCCCCGGCGCUCUCGAAGAGCGCGUUAACACUGCAUUAUGGAUUUACCUACUCAUUAUGCGGAGUUUUCGGCUCUAGUCCCCCACGGGAGGAUUGUAGUCCGCGACGAAUGCUCCAUGUUGAUAUCAGGAUUGUUCUGAUAGGUCCAGUAGCUCUGGAGAUAUUUGCAUUUUUGUGCGAAGGCCCAUCCUCGAGGUCUUGCCAUAGUCGCUCACGCAGUUCUGCGUCUCUCCUCUCGCUUUUCGGGUCGUUCAUCCUGCUCGCUGAACCCUUCCUGGGGCCAUCUACCUUGUAA